AACGUCAAUAACAAAGAUGGCGGUGUCGUGUGUACGCGGUGUUUCCCUGCGUGCCAGCAGGCUUUUGUCCACCCAGCUGCCCAGGGUUGUCGGGCUCCAGACGAGCAGUACUGCGACGCCUCGGCAGUUAACCAGAAAGCACCUUGGCUGUUGGGCGAAGGAGGCGUGGGGAGGAAGGAGCUGCGUGUGGGCGGCGGCAGCGUUUUCCUUCUUGUUGGCCUCGGAUGAAGACGCUCAAGGGAAAGAAGACGAGAUGAUUCUGCUGCUGAAGAAGGCCAAGCUCAGCAUCUUACGGGGUCAGCUGGAGGCAGCGUCUAGAUUCCUCCAUUCUGCAGUCGCCCUGGCUCACCAGUCGAACAAUCACCAGGCCAUAGUGUACGCCUACAGCCAGAUGGCCAACUUGGCUUACAUCCAAGGCCAGAUGGACCACGCUGAGAAACUCUUUAAGGCAACCAUGAGCUUCAUGCUGGCAGGCGGGAUGCCGCAGGACGACAACGCCUUCAUUGAGAUGUCCCUCAAACUCGCCGCCAUGUACGCCGAGCAGAACAAGGCGGAGCUUGCGGAGCAUGGCUUCACUUUCUGUUUGGACACUCUGGAGGUGAAGGUGCAGCGGCUUCAGGAGACGCCAGAAGCUGAUCGGACAGGUGAGACGAGUUUGUUGGUGAUGGUAACGAAAAUUGAUGGAAUGUGUGAAGACGAGCAGGAAGUACUAAGGAAGGACACCCGCCUGCUGCUCGGUCUGUGUUUGGACUCGCGUGCUCGGUACCGAGCGUCCACACUGCACUUUAAGCAGGCCGUCGCCGACUACGAAAAGGCUCUGAGCAUCUGCCGCCAGGAGCAGGGGGAGUCCCACCCCCAGACCUUGGUCCUGAUGAGCGACCUUGCCACCAUCUUGGAUAUGCAGGGUCGCCAUGACGAUGCCCUAGCGCUGAUCCGGCAGGCGGUGGAUCUGGGUCGGUCUUCAGAACACUCGGAGCUACAUGUUCUUGUAGGGAACAUGGCCGGCAUCCUGCUGCACACAGGUCAACUGGACGAGGCCGUCCGGUUCUACGGGGAGGCUUUGCGUCUGGCGCAGCAAGCUGGAGAUCAGAAUGCAGUGGGACGCAUCAAAGAGGGGCUGAGUCAAGUAAAGAAGAGGAAGGAUGAGUGACGCAGAGCUGGACUCUGAUUGACUGAACCCAUCCAGACAAGUGUGCUGAGUAAAUAAAACAGUUUCAAGUGUGAA